GAACGAAUUGUCGUUUGAAGUAAACAGUAUGGAUAUUUGCCAAUUGACUAUUUUAUAAAAUAUGUUUAAAAUCAUAUAAUCAAGAGUUAACUUUUAGUGUUAAAUAAAAGCCGUCUAAAAUGUGGCCCAUGCUCCUUAAUAUGACGCGCGACGAAUGUCGCCUCACGCUCCGCAGACUCGAAUUGGAAGCCUACUCGAAUAUGAUCAGUGUGUUUAGAGCACAAGGAGCAUUGGAAGACAACAGAAAAAAGCUACUGGAGGAACUGCGCGCCGUUUUGCAUAUAAGCAAUGAUCGGCAUAGCGCUGAGGCGCGCCGCGUGUCUAAUGAUGAAUUAUUAGCUACAAUUGCUGAUCAGUUAGCAGGCCCAAACACAGGGUUAGCAUGGAUCAGCGAGGGUCGCAGACGGGUGCCACUGAUGCCCCGGGGCAUAGCUCAGACUAUUUACACAGAAAUUGCAGAUAAAGCUGCGGAAGUUGCAGCAGCUGAAAAUAAGGAAAUCCAGAAGAGGCUGGAAGCUGAAAAACUCAUUGCUCCAAAGUCUAAUGAGGAAGAGAUGCCUGAUGCUGAGGGUCAAACUGCCGAGAGUGCCCUCACAUCUAAUGACACCAUGGAUGAGACCAUGUACCCUCCUGUGGCCAUGGAAGAUCAGACAACUAAAAUUUGGGAAACUGAACUUGUGAGUCGAAAACGGAAAGUUCCUGAAAGUGGUGCAAUACCAGACGAUGCCAGCACUCCUGUCAAAAAUAUGAGAAACAUACCUGUCAACAACAACCAAAAGCAUUUGAAUUUAUCACAGCUGUACUCAAAAUUCUCACAACCAGCAACAAGUAAACCGUCAGGCCAGUCAAAACACUCAUAUAACCAAGUAAGCAAAGUAUCAACCAGUAAACCGAGUCAAGGACACGGGCCGCGCGCCACACCACACAAGAGGUCACACAAAAGUGCCAAGGGUGCACAUAGCGUUCUAUCUAAAUCACAAAUGAAAAAACAAGAAAUGCCAGGUUCCCCUAACAAACAGUACAAUCCAACUUCAAUACAAAUGGAGUAUUCAGGGCCCCCUAACACCUUUCAAGCUAGUUAUGCUCAAUCUAUAUUAGGUAGUAAGUCGAAACCAGACUACAUGGACGAAUUGAAGCCUAAAGUGUUGUCUUCCCCGGGAAUGGUGACGGACUCGCCCACCAUGCAGCUGUUGACGCAGCCCGCUACGGUCCCGCACGAGCUCGAGGUGUCGGAGAACCCGCACCCCGACGACCCCGCGUCGCUGCAGGCGCAGAGCACCCCCGUCACCAAUAAGGUCAUAUCCGGGAAACCUUGCCAACUUAUCAUAAAAAAUCGCGGCGAAAUCACCACAGACAAAAAAGUACAAAAAAUGUCUGAACUAAAACUAUUACAAAAACCCGCUGAAAGUAUAAAACUCUUGUCCAACAGACAAGUAGUCGUAGCGCCCAGUUCCGCUCAGAAAGGAUUAAACCCUUCGGGUAAACUAGUGACUACGAAAGUGAUCGGAUCGUUGCCGAAACCGCGACAUCCUAGCACGCCUCUUAUGACUGAAAAAAUGAUCGUUGUUUCUAAACCUGCGUCAGAAAACAAAAGCAUGCCCAACUCUAAAGUAAUAAUCACAUCGGCCGUGAGCACGCCGCACAAGGAGAACCCAACUAGUACCAACAGCAUAUCAAACAAAUUAACUGAAACACUUACACCUAAGGGCAUUCCCGCCACUGAUUUAAGAGUAUCUGCGAAAGCAGUCGUUUUGAAUCCUAAAUCAGGUCAAAAGAUGGUUGUGUUACCUGCAAAGGCUCGAACGAAAUCGGGAAACGAAGGGCAAAUCCCACUAAUACAUUUCAAGGGUAUACCCACUGCUAUGAAGUUAGUACCAGUGAGCUCCCAAUCCGUCACACAAGUAACUAAAUCGCCUGCUAUGACUGUUAUGUCUAAACCUACAACAGUUAGCUCAAUACCAUCUAACGCUAAAAUCGUUGGUGUAGAGCCAAUUAAAACCGCUAACUUAGCGGACAUUGUUCCAGUUAAGGGUUUGGCGCCGGUAACUACUCCUAAAAUUUCGAACCCUAUCGUUCGACCAUCUAGUGCGAAGGGAAGCGUUAUUGUAGUACAGAAAGGUACGACGAUAGGUAAAGCCUUAACAUUUGCCAAAAAUGGGAACGACAUGUCUAAAGUUAUAAUGGGUAAAAAUGUUAAUCAACUUUUGCAAGCAUCAAAAUCAGAACAAGCCGAAGCCGCCAAGUGCGCAGGCAAUGUUAUCGUACUAGAGUUGAACAACGAACAGACCGGCCGCACUACUACCAUGUCAGAGAUAUUAGAUAGUCGCGGGAGCAACGCACCGCGCACUUCCGAUGACUCCAAAAAGUUAUCUCAAAUAACCGCAGACACACCAGUGUUGUUCGAUAACCAAAUAACAGAAGAGACUUGCAAUGCAAGCAGCUUAGACUCCACCGCCGAGAGCAUAGGAGAAAUGGUACCCAUUGAGGAUACCAGUUUGUCACUCAUCGAGAAAGAUGACGGCAAAUCAAAUUACACAAAAGAAUCGGAAGGUGGCAAAGAUUCGUCGAGCGUCACCGACUGGGAAAUGGAACUGGACACGGUAUCAAGGAAGGGGAAAGAUGAAGAUAAAUUAAACUCCUUACACCUAGACUUGGGCAUGUCCAGUGACAGCGACAGUGAAUAUAUCACCACACACAAAUCAAAAAAACACUCAGCACAGGAAAGCAUGCAACGGGCGACACCAAGCGGUGAGAGCAGCGAAAUGUUCAGCAGUUCGAGCGCAAUGUCCCUCGCGACGCGAACCUUACUCAGCCAGCUGCAAGACGAUGGAUCGUCAAGUAACGAUUCGUCGUUCGCUCUUAAAACUAAAUUAGAUAAGCUAAAAGAGAACGAUUCUAAGCUGGAUAAAUCAGAAUCAGAAGCUCUCACGAAGGCGAAAGAGAAACUUUCUGAGAAAGUAGCCGAAGCUAAGUCGAUGCAGAAGAGAAUAGACAUUUACAGCACUGCAAUCACGACUUCAGACAUAAACUUAGACUCGUUCUCGUAUCUGGACGAGGGCGACAUGAUGGCGGGCGACGACGUGUUCGCCGUGGACGCCAAGCGCGAGCCGCGCCGUGCCGACACGCUGGACGACCAGCUCAGUCGACUGUUAGGCGAAGACUCCGCUAACUCGACUGACUCACAAACUGUAAGUGAAACUAUGCCUUUAAAUAAAUAAUGAGCAAUAAAAUAGGUUAAAUAUAUGAUGGAGCCUGUGGAAGAUAUCGUUAAUAAAAUGUAAUGAAGUUAGAAUAAGCGCGGACAUAUAAUGUGAAGUGUAAAGUGAUGACAGUGUCGGUCUCUCGGGAGCCGUGAUCAUAGUGCUGUUUUGUUUGUUCUGUUCAAAUAUACAGUUUUUGAAAGGUGUUUGUAUACUAUCUGCGUAUGACAUAUUUCCCUUAACAAUAAAGAGGCUAACAGAUUGAAAUACAGUUUACUAGUUUGGAAUCAACAACAUAUCUACACAAGCUACAUCUCUAACUGAAAAUAAAAACUUAAAUCAUUAUCAUUUAGGAACCACAACAUUUCUACAAUAAAACAAUUAAAAAAAGAAUAUUAUUCUGAAGGUUUGAUACAAGUUGCUCAAGUAAGAGUAUUCAAAUAAAACGUAGGCGCCAUGAAUAACUCAUUUAUUCAUGUAAAUUGAUACAUUUUUGCAUUUGCUUUGUAACUUACACAAUCAAGGUAACUGCUAACAUUUUACAGUAACUAGUAUAUUAUUUUAACGUGCAUAUAGUACAGGUCAAUAUAAUAUAUUUAACCUGCAUUCAAAAAUGUGCAUAUUAUAUUAAGUUGGUGUAAUGACAAUGCAUGCAGUUUAGUCUGUGUAGUAAUGGGUUUCAGUGGUUAAUUAUAUUCUCAGGUAUGUGUGAAGAGAGGUUGGGUUUAUGAUUACAUAUAACUUUAAUAGAAUAUGGGACCACUUGUUUUACCACUAUCUUACAGAAGUCUGGUGCUUACUGUGGUCCCACAUAUAUUUCAGUGUGGAAUGUAUAGCAAUUAAAAGCUUAGAUUUAGUUUACCAAGGCAACUUUGUCAUGAAGUACCUAGACAUUAUUAGAACGCACAAAUUGUUUCUAGUUGUUUAGUUCGUGAUUAUGAAUUUUAUUUACAUUUAAUGUUUGUCUUACCAAUAAAAUGGCCUCUUAAUUAAUUUUAAUUCAUCUGAUUUUGACAUAGUGAUUGUGUUUGUAUCUAAGUAUAAGACUGGUGUUCACGGCGAAGUUAAUGCAGCAAUAAUGUUCAAUAUACACAGUGUACCUACUGUUGAUAUAGCCUUCGGGCGUUUUAAACAAAAUAUAUAUCUUAUAUAGAAUAAUUUUAUUUAUUAUACAUCGCUUUUUAGAAUUUUCAUAUUAUAAUAACACACCUGUAAUAUUAAUCACAUUAUUUAUUACACAAGUUUCAUAGUUGUUACUAUUCAAAUAGAUGUAACUGGGGUGCAUAACAAUUACUAAAUAUGUAAAGCAAAACAUUGCAGUAAAUAUUAUUUUUCAUGGUAGGUAACUUGGUAAGGUAUAAAGGUGUACAUUAUUCGUAUCAUAUACUUUUUAUAGCAUAAAUAGCCCAGUGUAAAGUUAUAGACAUAAGUCCAAGUUCACCAACAAAAUUAAAGUCAGUUUUCUUAAGACAACUGUUUACUAUGAAUUUUAAUGUUGAAUUUUCCAAGUAAACAGUUAACAGUUUUAAGGAAAUCGGACGUUUAUGUCGUCUGUGAAAAUGGACCAAAAACUGUUAAAAACGGAAAUAGCCACAUAUUAAACUCGAAUGUUAUAAUUUAAUUAACUGCCUCUGUGUUCUGGUUGCAGUUUUUAAAGUCAAUAGAUAGAUCUUAAUAGCAUUAUGUAUCCAAUCAAAUCAACCAAGUAAUAGUAGUAGAAAAACUAAGCCUCAGUUUGAAUUAUGUUUUUUCUUGCACAAUACAGCAAACCAUAAACAAAUACACAUCAAAUAAUUUUCAAUGCUUUCAGUAAACGUUCAAAUAUAUAACAUAGAUCAUACCACUUCAGAAACUUUUUUACAAAACAACAUAUUAAAAUAUUUUGUAUGUUUAGACUACUACAUCUCUCAAACAGAUAUUUCUAGCUAUAUCUUAGUAUAUUGUAAAAACCCUAUACCACGUUGCACAUACACUCUGUUACGUUUAUAGUUGUCAGAGUAUUUGUUACCGAUUUACUUGUAUUACAACGGUGUUAUAGCAACUUAUAAGUACACAUCAUGCUUCCUUUGGUAACCCCAUCAUAUUCAUUUUUAUGAUUAGUCGUUACUACAUGCAGUGUAAAAGUAGCCCUUUGAGUGAGAGAUAAACACAUUAAUUAAGUUCUAAUGUAACAAUAUUAUUGUUCAAAUGUAAUGUACUCCAAGUUGAGUGCAAAAAGGCCUAAUAUCGAUAGAUCCUUGUUUGUGGUAAGUGAAUAACUUUUAAAUUGUUGUAUAUUGUUUUUCCUCCAAUUAUGGGGUAAACUUACCAAUGAUGCGUAUUUGAAGCACCGCUGGUCGAGGCUUGGAGGCGUGAGGGAGACAUGCAGUAAGGAACUAAUGUAGAUAUUUACAAUUUGUCUUUACAAAAAGGGUGGUGCUACAUGAUACUUACGUUUCUUAUAAUCAGAGCACUUGAGAUAUUUUAGCUGUAGUAAAUGUGGUAGUGAUUGUGCAUAAUUAAUGACACACAUAUUUUUGAAUGUAUGAUUCUUAAAGAAAAUCUUAUUUUUUGAAGUUUCUAAAUUGAGAAGCCCUUUUUCCAAAAGUAAUGUUUCGUAAGAGGGUUGUACCUGAGCCACGUCCUCGCAAAGAUCAGAAGAGCCCGGUCGGAAUGGGAGCUUCAAGAUAAAGGAAUCCUCGACAGUCGAGGUGUGUAUAUUAAUGGUACAUAUUUCUUGCUUUAAAUAGAAUGUAUGUACAUUCUAAAGAAAUAGUGCCAUGGGUAGCAAUUAGUUUGUUCUAUGAUAAUUUCUGUACAUAUAAUGUUAAUGUUACUAUUUUUAUGGAAGAUAUCAUUGACUACCUGUCAACUUAUAAAAAAUGUACUAGUAUAUUUUGUAUCAUAAUAAUGUACGAAAAAGCAUUUUUGGAUAUUUAUGUAUGUCCUACAAUAAACUGAUUUAGUUUAGCGAAAUGUUAAUAGGUUUAUGUCAAUAGUGGAUGCAGGUGAAUAUGUUUAAGAUUGUUACCACGAUGCAAUAAAAUUGUGGAUAAAAUGUGUUCCCUUUAGGUAUAAUAAUUGUCCUUUAAGGAUUAUCUAUUGUAUAAUAUAAAUUCUUGUUAAAAUUUCGAGGCAAUGUUAACGAUUGACCUGCAUCUGUUUAUUUUAUAAACGUAGAGUAAGAUGUUUAUUUGUUUCGUCAGCUGUAAAUAUUUUGCGUAGUUAUUCCUAGGACCGUCGUAGAAUCAAACAUGUUGAUACAAUUUUCUGUGUUUUUCGCAAGUUUAUUUUAUCUACUUAUUUUAACGAAUAAAAUUUUAAUCAAAA